UUUGCAAACAAAUCUUCUGCUAUUAUUAUCGUCGCUCAGUUUUCCCCAUGUCAUAUAAUUAAUCCAAUAACGGGGAGGUAUGUCGUUGUUUUCUGUUUAAUAGAAAUAAAAUUUGCAGUUAGUUACCAAGACGACAACCACAUGCUAGGUUUUGCCGCACAUUUUUCAAUGUCAACAUGAGCCUUUCACAGACCCUGUACACCUUCCAUGUGGACACAACUUCUGCCAAACCUGCAUCCAGGUGGUCUGGAACAUGGAUGACCCAAAAACAUCCAGAGACGGGCCACUGUUCUGUCCGGAAUGUCAGAUCCUCUUUCCUCCUGACCUUGAGCUUGAGAUCAACUCAGAUCUUCAGAGGAAAGUUCAGGAUGCCUGUCCAAGAGCACCCACGCUGGACGGAUCAUCUCAAACGUCUCCUAUCAUCAUGUGUGAUCAGUGCAUUGGGAAGACUGAGGUGGCUGUGAAGAGCUGCCUCACCUGCGAUGCCUCCCUAUGCUCUGCUCACACCCUCUUGCACCAGCAGAGAAAGGCUUUAAGAGGGCACUCUAUCAUCAAAGUAACCGAAGACUUGACUUCCUUUAAGUGUAAGGAGCACGGGGAGGAGCUGAAACUCUUCUGUCAGGAGGACCGCAUUUCUGUGUGUUGUCUUUGCAUUGCGGUUGGUUCGCACAAAAACCAUCAAGCUGUUACACUGCAAGAGGCAUGCACAGACCUCAAGGAGGUUUUGGAGACCAACAAAUCACUUCUUUUACAAAGGAAGCAGUUAGCUAAAUCUGCUUUGCAAGAUUUGGAGCCAUUAUUUUCAGAGGUGUCGGAAAAUGCAGAAGCAUAUAGAGUCAGAAUAGUUGAGAAAUACAGCCAGAUAAAAGCCCACAUUGAGGAGGAUCAGAAACUGAUGUUGGCCAUUCUGGAAACAGAAGAGAUUUACACCAACAAGUGGCUAAGAUGGAGGAGUGAAUCACUGAAGUGUCAUGUUAAAGAUAUUAAUGCUGCCCUAAGAUCAAGCCAGACUCUCCUCGAGGAAGAGAGUGAUGUCAGAUUUGUCAAGCAUUUUAAAAAACAUGGACUAGGUUCCCAGGUAGAAUUGCCACUUGUGUCUGUGAUAGAACAAGAGUACAGCACACUAAACAAGAUGAAGACCAUUGAACAGCUUGUUGAUAGCUUAGAUGAAGUUGUCCUUAAGAAUACUCAGCGGCUAUGGUCUAGUUUCAGAGCAGUAAGUUUAGACCCACAAAAAGCACACCCUGAGUUGGAGGUGUCAGCAGACAGGCUGGAGGUACAUUGGAGUAAGAAACCAACCCCAGACAGGAAACGGAAAACAAACAUCAACUCUCAGUACAGUGUUCGGUCCAAGGAGAGAUUCUCCAGCGGCUCGCAUUACUGGGAGGUGGCCAUCUGGAAGAAACCCUACUGGUUGAUCGGUCUGUCAUACGGGUCAACUACUGGAGAUCAGGAUUCAGAGCUUUGCAAAGGCGACUUUAACAGUACAUUCUGCUACAUCUAUCAUGGUAAUGGAAAAUAUCUUAUUUGUCAGGACUCAAAUGAAAAGCCACUGGCCGUAAGAAAAACCAUCCAAAAACUUGGAGUUUGGGUAGAUUUCCAGAAGGGUAACGUGUCUUUCUAUGAUGGCGAUACGCUGGCUUUGCUCCACUCGUUCUGUGUGGAAUUUUCUGGCCCCGUUUAUCCCAUCUUCAAUCCCUGUAUUGACAUAAAUGGCCAAAACAAUCAGCCUCUUGCCAUUGUACAUCUAAGAAACACAAAUAUUCCCUCACAAAUUGCAGGAAUACAUCCAUUUCCUGAUACAGUACAUGAAUAAGAUAGCUAGUGCAUUUGUGUGUCUUUUAUAUGAUUGAGUUUGGUGUAAUUAUCACAAGAAAUAUAGGAUUUAAUACAGAAUUCAGAUUUCUUUUUUUGUAAAUUCUACCUCAAUUUAGCAGUUAACCCAUGCUCUGGGUGUUUUAAACCUGAAAAUUCUUUCAUAUUUUUUUUGUCUAGAUUUUUUUUGUCUAUAGAUUAGUUGUGUAUUUU